CACAAAACUUAAGUGUUGUGGGUAGACAUUAACUGAGCAAAGAUAAUAAUUCAACCCUUAAAAACACGGAUUUCAACGGGGAAUUGCCUUUGUGGAUGAAAUUGAAUUCUCAAAGACGAGGAAAAUACAAGAAAGGAGGAAAAAAUCGAAUUUUCAUCUGACGACGUCAUUGUGUAGACGUGGCGUGUUAGCAAUCUGGACUUAUUUUGAAAAAUAUAUUUGUAACCAUGAAAGUUGAUGGACUCAACAAUAAAGAUGUGGACAGCCUCCACCCGACGAGUAUGGCCGAGAACACAGGACAAGGGGAAAGCCCACCAGUAAAACCAAAUGACGACAAGACAAAAAUGGCGGGGAAAGAGAAAGCAAUCAAAGGAACUCGUCCUGAUCCAACAAAGAAAAUUUUAUUAAUGGAAUGGAACAAACGCCUUGACCCUAAUGCCCCUGACACGUAUAGCGAAAUAGAUAUAGAUAUGGAGGAUGAUAUUGAUGAAGACGACCUUCCUGUAAUUCCUAAGGAUGUCGCCGAUAGAGCGAUUGAAGCGAAUAAAAAGCCUUCAUGACUUUAAGGAUAAUAAAUUGGUGACAUUAAAAUGGUCCGAAAACCAUGCUACAAACCAGGAUCUGAACUCUUCAGUGCACACAGUAUACGCAAAUGUAAUUACUGAACAUUACCGGUAUACCGUUCAAUUAUAUGACAAUAUGUUUAUAUGUUUAUCUAUGAAUGUUUAUUAAUAAAAGAAUCUAUUGCUGAU